UGAACUCCCCCUUAGUUUGAGAGACACGGCUUUAAAGCGGUUUGGUAAAGGGAGGCAGGCGCCUUCUGACUGCGCGCUGUGUGAAGGAGGCGUAUCAUCACUCUCAGUCAUGAGGUUCCUCUAUUCGGGAGUGUUUUUAUUCAACCGAGGGGCUCAGCUGCUAUGAGACAAGAAAGAAGCCUUUAGAGAAACUUUUCACUCUAUUUGGAUACACCGACCGCUACACUGAGAGGUUACGACCAGCUCUGACGCACGUCGGAUUAGUAAAAUUGGGAGACUGCUUAAGAAGUUGCGUUGGGUUUAAAGGACUCAAGUUUUGCAAUGACCCUGUCACGAAGUUGUGUUUCUCAUAUGUGCGCUUUUAAAGGGCGCAUUGGAUUCCUAAAGUUCGCGUUGCUGGACGCGUCUCGGCGUGAUCCGUAGAGGGAUGAUGCGGGCACCAAAGGCACAUUCCCAAUGGUAUGUCUCUUGACUCUGUCCAGGAAUAUUUGUGCAGUUGUGGGAAUGCUUUUCCGUGGGAUCUGGACGCUCCGUCGGAGGUGUUGCACGGGUCCCCUUCUGCUUCUGGGGAUAGCACUGGGGCUCUUUUACCACACCUUGACUAUUGACCGUGACAGCAACGAGUUCAAGUCCAGUCAGCGGGACCAAAGGAACAAAUCAGUGGUGUUUGAUUAUAAACUACUACUCAAGCACCCAGAGAGGCUCAUAUCUCUUCUGGAAGCAUCACAGACUUAUAGCUUUGUGCAACAUUCUAAACGCAGCUGUGCGGGAAAAGCCAUUAUUCUAACAGGUCAGCAUGCUCCGACAGAUACAGAGGUUCAGUUGUAUCAGCGAGUUCUACAACAGCAGGGGUAUCGUGUGGAUCAAGCUCGCUUUGCUGAGACCAGUGUGACUCUCAGACAGGACAGAAGAGAUGGAAGAGACUGGUCUGUCUUGGUAUGUUUAAAAGGCUCUGAAAAAAGCUGCCUGCGAAAAAUCAACUUUGCCCGUCCUUACCACCACCAGAGGGUUAACAUUAUUCCAGCAUUUUCUGGAGCGUUUUUGGACAUGGGUGGUGUCUGCCGGUUUUUGACGGACAGCAAGUUGUCAGGAGUGACAUUACCCAUCCUCCCCUCUGCCUGCGCUCCUGGAACCCCAUACACUGCUGAAUAUGAACGGAUGCAGCCAGUUAUACGCAGCUAUUCAGACAAUCACGUCCUGAACACCACCGUGAAUAUUUACAUCCUGGUUACCUCGGCAAGCCCUUUAACAGCUUUUGUCCAUCACACAGCCUUGGUCAGAACUCACCUGGACAAAAAUAGUUAUGCUAAAGAGUUGCAGGUAUUCUUUAGAGAGAGACUGGGUUCUGUUGCCUCAAAGCAGGCCAGUGAACACAUGAAACACAUCAUCAUUGACAUCCUUAAAGCUGCUCUAUUAACCACACAGGAGAGCAACUCGCCCAGAUGUCAGCUGUGUUUUCAGUUAAUGACAUUCACUUUGCACUAUAAUGCCUCUCUUUAUCCAGUUGUGGUUAAGCUUCAGACUGAUCUACACUUUGAUGAAAUGAAGGACCCUGACUUUGAUGCACAGAUCACCAAAGAGUACAUGCUAGAGGAUGUGCUGAAACUGCUUUUCCCAGCAUGCAUCAGUGAGGCCAGAGAACCUACAGAAGAGAACCAACUGAAGCAGUACGGUGGCUGUGAGUGGCCAAACAGUUUGUGUUUGCCUCCAGAACACAUGCAUUUACUUCAGCAGUUUAAUCAACAUCUCAAGAGACCAGGGCCUUUUCAGCUGCUGUACCCUAUAUCUCCUCCGGAUCAUCUCCUCCGUGAUCUAAUCCAGAAGUCCCUAGGUGCUCAGGAUUAUGAAUGGAGACCAGCUCUCAUGGCCCUACUCCAACAGCUCAGCCUUUACUACACCAGAAGAAAUCAGACUGAGAGCAUGGUGGACCCAAAGAGCCUUGGACAUGGUGAGGCAAAACCAGAUCCGUCAGAUUCAUUGUCAAGAAAAGGGAGGUGUGUUGAUCCUCAUCUGAGACAGUUGUACACACAUCCGCCUAUGUUCCUUAUGCCAACAUUCAACCCAUGGGUGAAAGAAUAUCGAGCUGAGGUUCCGUUUGAUGUGAUCACUAUUCGGAUCAGACCACAACCAGUGAGCUCACAGUGCCACAUUCACCUGGAUGAACAUCGUGGACCAAAGAUGGCAAACUACCCAGUUGGCCUGGGCAACAACAGAAUCAACAUUCUGGUUAUGGACGAAUCAGAGGCUGAGCCCGUUGUCAUGACGAUAUACACUCUGCAUAUAUACCGCGAAAGCAGGCCCAGCCUGCCAAUGUUUGACGAGUAUGUGAUGUGCAGCUUCGUACAGGACUGUGGCCUGGUGGUCAGACCAGAUCAGCCCUGUGGUUUGGAGCCCGUUCUGGGGAUGAGAUCAUCAGAAGAGGCCCAGGCAUCACCUCGGCCUUGUGUGUCAGGAGAUGAGCCUGGUCGUUGGGUCGUUCCAUGCCUGAGCUGCUCGGACAAUAGGACCUGUGAUUGGAGAGAGGUUGACUGGCAACCAGACAGCUGUUACCACCCAUUGCUAGACCAACCUCAGUUGCAAACAUGCAUGAUGGAUAGGAAGGUCCUGUUCAUCGGUGACUCCACCAAUCGAGGGAUGAUGUACUACCUGAUUGAGAGAGUGAACACCACAUUAGAGGACUGGGACAAAGCCCACGACACCAUCAUCUAUCACAACCUGAAUCAGGGCCGAACUAUCAUCAGUUACUCAUAUUACCCACAAUUCUGGCUUCCAAAGGCCCAAAGGCCCACCUUCCAAAGAGCUCUGCAACAGCUUAUAGCGAGGUCACAACCCCUGGAGAAUUCUCCUCAGACAGUGCUGGUCGUUGGAGGGGUACAGUGGCUGAACCUGAACCAUCUGAGGACCAUUCAGCAGGUCUUAGAGAGGGAGGAUCUUCAGAACAUCAUGGUGGUGGUGAAGUCUUUAGGAAUGGGCUUUCAUUUACCUGUGGAUGGUAUUCGUUUCCUUCCCAUGAGUGGAGUGCAAGAACUCUAUAAUGUGAACAAGAAUAUUCUGAAAAGUGCCAAACAUCUUGGAUACGAGGUCAUUGACACGCUCAGCAUCACCAUGGGUCGAUACAAGGAGUUCCUGCAAGGACGGUGUGCCUGCCAUUUCCAUGAGGUCUAUAAGCUUCCAUUUCCCACUGCUGAUUCCCAAAGAAAGCUGAAGAUCUUGAGACAUGGUAAAGAGAGUGGACUCAGGGCCAAUGAGCCACCAGGGCUGCAACAGCAAGAGGAUCCAUUGUCUCAGCCCAAUGUGUCCUACCAUGUAAAGGGACCAGUAAACAAGAUCUACUCAGAGAUCCUACUGAGCAGGAUUUGUGUGAAUCGCGAUGUCAACAGGACCAUUCGCCAACAGUGACUAAUAGACAGUUAGCGGCUGGUGACGCUAAACUGAGUGUGUAUGAUUUUUGGGUUUUUUGCAGGUAUAUGUGUAUCCAGUGGGAAAGAGUGCCUCUGUAUGAUGAUCAGUUGUGAAUAUGUGUAUAUAUAUAUAUUUGAAGAAAAAUCAGUUAUAAAAAUGCAUUAAAGGGCUAAAGUGUCUUGAAAGCAUUCAUAGUGCACACAGAUUGGUCAAAAUGUAUUUAGCCAUAUGCUGGAUCAAAGAGGUACUGUAAAUUGGACAUGGAUGGGUUUGGUACUGUAGGUAUAUGUCUGUAUAUAUGUGUGUGUGUGUGUGUGUGUGUGUGUGUGUGUGUGUGUGUGUGUGUGUGAGAUCCAGAUGGAAACGAGUGGGGUUCAGUGAGACCCCUUGAAGCACAAACUCUUCUGCUAUGCUCAUGCAACGUUCCCACAGUGCUGGUACUACUGGAGCACGGGUCAAAAUGUUCCCAUUGUGUUUUGGAAAAUGUUUGCAGGUGCUGUGGAGUGCCUUUGAUGUCACGCUGCCCCACACUGUCACUUUUAUGGAAGCUUGAUGACAUUUUGAAAUCUAGCUUUUCACCCCCUUCAUUUACAUACCAGGUUCGUAAGUAUUUAUGAAGUAUUUUUAUACCAAAUGUCUAAUGAAGGAUAUUAUAUGUUAUAGUCUUAUGUUCUUCACAUAUAUUUCUACAUUUAUUUUUCUACCAGUGUUUUACCAUUGCCUUAAUAAUAAUCCAUGUAAAAUGUUAUAAAUGCUGUUUAUAACAAAAUAGGAUCUAUGUAUUUAUACCAUUACUGUAAGUUUUGAUGGUAAGCAUUUUUAUAUUGGUUCAGGGUUUAUUCUGAAUAGUUGGAAUGCUUGACAUGUUUCAUUUGUCCAUAAUUUACAUUAAACAGAAAAUAGUCUGGGGGGUGUGGGGGAGCUAAAAUUAUUUGAAAUAUCCCACAAAACUUCUGUUCCCACCAAUGGUUAGGCUGAAUUUUAGUAUGGGCAAGAAAGUUUUCCACAUGAAGUGAAAUGAAUACACAUGAAACAAUUUGUGUUGACCUGUGAAGAUUCCACAGUGCGGGGUAACUCAUAUUAUUCUAGUUAUUUUACAUCAAUUUAUAAGGAAUAUCUGGAGAGUUUAUGAAGGGCUACAUCAACAUGCAAUAUCACUACAAUUUUUAACCCAAUUAAAAUUAAUUUUUUCGUAAUUGUUUCUUGAAUUAAUGGAAUGUUUUUGUCCUUUAAGUGCACGUCGGAAUUUUGUUUGAAUUGAAGUGGGGAAAACGUUUUAAAUUGAUUUAAAUUGAAUUUGUUUUGAUUCGUUUUCUGUUGUAAGAAAAUGUGAGAAAUAUUUUUUCAGUUCAAGUUUUAGCUGAAAAUAAAACAUGCAGUUUACGACAAACACAAAUAGGCUGUUUCGCUGAAUAAAAUACCAUUUGCCUUCUAUUAAUUCUAUUCUUCUAUUAUUAUUUAUUUUAUAAUGAUUAGGCUAUAUAAUAAUUCACAUGGCUAAUUAUCACUUUAGAAGGAAACAGAUUUUUUUCUUUUCUCUUUAUUUUGAAUUUCUUUUCUUUUCUUUUUUUAAUUAGAUAAAUCGUACUGAAUAUUUUAAGUGUCUCUAAAAUCGAAACUACUUGAGAUAUUAAUAGCCUACUUUAUAGCUUCCUCUUGAGGAAAACAAGGGAAAAAAUAUCAAACAAAA